CUUCAUGUUCUUUUGUUAGAUUCACUCCUCAGCAUUUGCUGAGCGUGUAGUUGUUUUUGCUGCACGCAGGUAGACAUGACGGAGCAGGUGCCAACCCUGGAGAGCGGUGACGAUGGGGAGAUGGGCGGCGUGCGGACGAACUCUUAAUUACUUUCAACAAUUUCAUUAAUCAAUUGGGCGUGAACCCACCCUUGUCGUUAUUUAGUUUGGACUGAACUUAUUUAAUUACUUCCGCAAGUACUCUGCACUUUCAUUACACACGUUUUGGGAGUAACUCCCUGGCAUUUAUUCCUCUAAUUAAAACCCAACCGUUUUCUUAUUAAAUAAUCAUUGAUGUUUUCGUAACGGAUGGUUCUUGGACUGUCCAUGUAACCCUACCGGUCCGUUGGGUCACGGGUGAACCGGGUCCACGGAAGGCGGGUGUUACAGUUUGACUGCACGCAGAAUGAGUCAAGAAUCUGCCCAUGGACAAGGCAACAACAAUGAACACGUCAGUGUUCAUACUGAAGCAUCUAGUUUCACCCCUCCCAUCCAAAAUGAACAUGUCAAUCAACAAAAUGUUGGGAAUAACCCGAACGCUGGUGGUCAACCCGACCUUGUGAUCCCAACUUUUCUGGCCAAUGUGUUACAACAAAUAGCCAACGCGCCGAUGUUUCAACCACCUCCACCACCGCCACCUCGAGUGAUAACCUACAAAAUGAUAAGGGAUAACGAUGCAGAAUUAUUCCUUGGGGAUCGCAUCGGUGAACCCCAAAUUGCGUGGGACUGGAUCGAGCAGACUGCUCGAGUGUUGAAGGAUCUCAACGUACCUAUAGACAACUACCCUCGACUGUCUUCUCAACUGCUGCGCAAUGAAGCCUACGAGUGGUGGAAGAGAACCGAUGAGAGUACGGGAACCCCUAAGCCGUGGACUUGGGCACAUUUCGAAUGGGCAUUCAAGCAAGAAUAUAUUCCGAAACAUUUUAGUGAGGAAAAACGUAAGGAAUUUGUGGAGCUGGAACAGGGAAACAUGACACUCCCUGAAUAUCGUCAGAAGUUUACCAAGCUUGCAAAGUUUGCGCCAACCUUGGUGAGUACCCCAACCGAUCGCAUUGAGGAAUUCAGAACGAAACUUCGACCUGACCUGAGGUCACGUGUGUCCGUCUUAACCACUGUGGACUUCGCAGAGGCCUACGAGAUCAUAGCCAGGCUGAAUGCUUGCAUUGAGUACCUAAAGGCAAACAAUGCUGGUCCAAACACUUACCAUUCCACUAAUUCUGCCUCAAAAGGAAAAAGGCCAUUUCAGGAAUCUAGUAACUCACAUUUUUCUAAAAAGGGAAAAUUUGUGCAAACUCAAUCGAUGGCAUCCGUUGAUAGAUCCAGGAAGCGAAAGUAUCCUGCUUGCGAACACUGUGGAAGGAACCACCCUGGACAGUGUUGGUUGAAGCAAGGGUUGUGCCUUGGCUGUGGAAAACCAGGACAUUUCAAAAAGGAGUGCCCUACAAACCCUGGAGAACCAUUUCCAUCUGCUCCUGUUGCUAGCCAGUCUGCAUCAGCACGACCCGCACCAAGUCAACGCUCAACAGCGGGGUCUAAGCCAGCUAAGAAUCAGAACCAACAACAAGGACGAGCUCCUGCUCGUACAUAUGCAAUGAAGGCACAAACUGAGGAAAGCCCUGACGUCAUUCAGGGUAUGUUUUCCUUAUUUGAUACUGUCAUGCAUGUGUUGAUAGACCCUGGAUCAACGUUGUCUUAUAUCUGUGUACAUAUGCGUGAAAAAGCUGACAUAAUGAAAGAACAAUUGGAACAACCUAUACUAGUGUCUAACCCGUUAGGACAUAGUAUGAGGGUCCCCGUGGGUGAGUGUGCUGAUCUCGUUGUGAUGUUGCUGCAGAACAACACGUAUGAGUGUUGGAAACACACCACACGGAAUGCCUACUAUCCUCUCCAAUUGACGUGGGAGUACUUUGAUCGCGUGUUCAGGGAGGAGUACAUCCCGGAGUCUUUUGUUGAGGAAAAACGAGAGGAAUUUGUGCACCUGGAGAUGGGGACCAUGAGCCUUCCGGAAUACCGGCAACUCUUUGACCACCUGGAAGAGUUUGCUCAAGAUCUGGCUAUGGAGGUGGUCAGGACUAGAGAGGGAGCGAAGCUGGUAGUGGAGCAGAAGGUGAACAAGAUGUCGGUGCAGGUAGCCAGUAUUGGUAAGGCCAAUUCGGGGAAGAGACCUCUGAGUGGGUCUGGGGCAUUGCAUGUUCCAGCGCCUAGAAGGGCAAAUGGAAACAUUCCUGGGACGAAUGGCACCCCCCCAUUCUACUGGCACAUGGCCAUGACCUGUCCAAAGCCCUGGAUGGCUUGUAGGUUAGCCGAAUCAUUCAUGAAUUGGGUCAUGCUUGGUGGUGACCCUUGGACCAGCAGAAGGGAUCGGAACCGUGAAUGGCGUCGCCAUGCUUGGUGUAGGGAUAUUGGAUUGGGGGUGUGUUGGGGGGCUGUUUUCCGGCGAUUGGCCGGCGGCUGGCCAGUGGUGGCUACGGCUGACGUAUGGGCUGUUUCCGGCGGGUCCAAUUUGGAAGCCAUUUGCGGGUUGGGGCUGUCUGGUCGGUUCGGCGGGUUGUCGGCUGAUCCGGUGGUAAUUAAUACUGCUUCGGCGGGGGCAGCGGGCCCGAGGAUCGAUUCCUUGGUCUCGACUCCGCGGAGCGUUUGCACUUCGUUCAUCCAAGCCGCAGAGAAUGCAGGGACAACUCUGUGGACCAUAAAGCAAUACCAGGUGUACCACCAAUGUAGACCAGAUUACACAAGAGCCAAGGACGACAAAUUGUUAACAAGUGAACUCAUAAGUACCCUGAUAGGUCCAAAAAUUCAAGAAGAUGCUGACUAUAAAGUCAAACUCAUUAUCAGGGAUGUUUAUGAGUUGUUCCAGAUCUCUGUGUCUUACAAGAAGGCAAAUGCAAUCAACCGAUUCACCAACUUGUUUUCACUUCAGCACCACACACAACAAGGGAUAUACUCUGUGGUGGUGGAUGGGUCGUCCAACAUUGCUCAGCUGGAGACAUUUACGGUGAAGUUAAAUGCACGAACAUGUAGCUGUGGUCAAUGGGUAACAUUUCACAUCCCGUGCAGUCAUGUCCACGCAGUAUGUCAUUACUGCCGUGUCACCGUGGGUCAUUUGAUUCCAAAUGUGUUUUCAAUUCAGUCCUACAUCAACACUUACUCUCGCAUAAUAAUGCCGCUUCCAGAUGAGUCUGAAUGGCCUACUCCAGAGUACGGGAUACUGAGGCCAACGCCGCAAUAGAGCACACGAACCGGCUGACCUAUGAGAACUCGCUAUCCGAAUAACAUGGACUAUCGACCACGGAGACAGCGCAACGAGGAAUAGCUAUGUCAUGAAUUUCAUUUAUGUAUGAGUUUAUGUAUUAUUAAAUUUUAUAAAUAAGUUAGUCAUGGAUUGUGUUUUGUCUUCUUCUUUUUAUGAAUAAAUUGUUAUAUGUACUCUAGCAAUAAAUUUAUUGUAUUUUG